CAUGUCAGGAACCGAAAAUUAGCAGAGCCAUUUGUUGGAUUCCAUAGUCCCUCCGUUUAAAAACUCCCGCACUCCGCCUCCAUUGCCCGGGCCGUGAGAGAGAGAGAGAGAGAGAGAGAGAUCGUCGAGGAGAAGAGGGGGAAAGCUUUGAAUGUAAUGUACCCUUGGUUAGUUUCUGAGUUCUCUAGCAAGUCCUUCAGAUUAUCAAGGUGUUACUGAAAGCAUGCUAAAGAUAGUUUUGCAUUUCAUCCAAAUGAUGCGCACCGGUCAGUAGUUGUAGUUGGUAAUAGUGCUGCAAUGGGUGCCAAAGAGAAUGGAGUGGGAAGACUAGACCGUUCUGCAGACUUUGAAAAGGAAAGUCAACAAGGAAUUGAAGUAGAAUCAGAGUUUGAGUUUGCACAAUACUCUCUUUCAUCACACAUUAACGAAUACAGCAACAAGGUAAGGAGGAAUUCAAGAGCUCCUAAAAUUGCAAAGAAAGAAUCAAGUGGAAGCUAUCUUCGUCCAACAAAAAUUAGUGUUAGCCGCCAAGAGCAGAAGAACCAAGACCAGAAAAAUCUGCAAUUGAAGUCAUCAAACAAUGGGAUAAAGAAAUCUCAGAAACCCAAUAAAGUUGCUUCUUCCCCAAUAAACCUUGACAUUAAAACAUCAGAAAACGCUGUAGUUCCUCUAAGGCCUUCCUCUGAGUCAUGCGUAAGAUCAAAUGGUAAGACAAUUGAAGAGGUCAAGGAAAUAGACAUCUUUGAUGAGGCUCCAGUUUGUGAUAUAAGUGUUGGAACUGAUGAUUCGAUAGCUGAUGCAGAAGAGAAUAAUCUAGAUGAUGUUAAGUCGAGUGCUUAUCAAAAGGUUGACGAACUGGAACUCAGGAUUGAGAAGCUUGAAGAGGAGCUUAGGGAAGUUGCUGCCCUUGAGAUUUCCCUUUAUUCUUUUGUACCAGAACAUGGAAGCUCAGCACAUAAAGUGCAUACCCCUGCUAGGCGUCUUGCUAGACUUUAUAUUCAUGCUUGCAAGCAUUGGAGUCAGGAUAAGUUAGCAACUGUUGCCAAGAACACUGUUUCAGGGCUUGUUCUUAUCGCCAAAUCAUGUGGUAAUGACGUUCCAAGGUUAACUUUUUGGUUAUCGAACACAGUUGUUAUAAGAGAGAUUAUUUGUCAAACUUACGGCAGUUUUACUACAUCAAGUGUGGUUAUGAGGCCUUUAGAUUCAAGCUGCUGUGCUGUGAAGUCCGGAAGUGGGUUACAAAAGUUUAAAAAUAACUCUGAAGGUAAACAAGGAAAGAUGCAUGGAUUUGUCCAAAUAGAUGGCUGGCAGGAGCCAAGCACAUUUAUUGCCGCACUAGAGAAACUUGAGUCUUGGAUAUUCUCCAGAACAGUUGAAUCAGUUUGGUGGCAGGCCUUGACUCCACAUAUGCAGUCUCCGGUUGAGGACUUAUACAAUCAUAAACGCAUUGGCAAACUGUUUGGACCUUCUUUGGGUGAUCCUAAGCAACGGAACUUUUCUGUGAACUUAUGGAGAAGUGCUUUUCACGAUGCUUUAUCCAGGCUCUGCCCAGUUCGAUCAGGAGGGCAUGAGUGUGGUUGCUUGCCUGUGUUAGCAAGAUUGAAAGUUGCUUCUUCCCCAAUAAACCUUGACAUUAAAACAUCAGAAAACGCUGUAGUUCCUCUAAGGCCUUCCUCUGAGUCAUGCGUAAGAUCAAAUGGUAAGACAAUUGAAGAGGUCAAGGAAAUAGACAUCUUUGAUGAGGCUCCAGUUUGUGAUAUAAGUGUUGGAACUGAUGAUUCGAUAGCUGAUGCAGAAGAGAAUAAUCUAGAUGAUGUUAAGUCGAGUGCUUAUCAAAAGGUUGACGAACUGGAACUCAGGAUUGAGAAGCUUGAAGAGGAGCUUAGGGAAGUUGCUGCCCUUGAGAUUUCCCUUUAUUCUUUUGUACCAGAACAUGGAAGCUCAGAACAUAAAGUCCAUACCCCUGCUCGGCGUCUUGCUAGACUUUAUAUUCAUGCCUGCAAGCAUUGGAGUCAGGAUAAGUUGGCAACUGUUGCCAAGAACACAGUUUCAGGGCUUGUUCUUAUUGCCAAAUCAUGUGGUAAUGACGUUCCAAGGUUGACAUUUUGGUUAUCAAACACAGUUGUUAUAAGAGAGAUUAUUUGUCAAACUUACGGCAGUUUGACUACAUCAAGUGUGGUUAUAAGGCCUUUAGAUUCAAGCUGCUGUGCUGUGAAGUCCGGAAGUGGGUUACAAAAGUUUAAAAAUAACUCUGUAGGUAAACAAGGAAAGAUGCAUGGAUUUGUCCAAAUAGAUGACUGGCAGGAGCCCAGCACAUUUAUCGCCGCACUAGAGAAACUUGAGUCUUGGAUAUUCUCCAGAACAGUUGAAUCAGUUUGGUGGCAGGCCUUGACUCCACACAUGCAGUCUCCGGUUGAGGACUUAUACAAUCAUAAAAGCAUUGGCAAACUGUUUGGACCUUCUCUGGGUGAUCCUAAACAACGGAACUUUUCUGUGAACUUAUGGAGAAGUGCUUUUCAUGAUGCAUUAUCCAGGCUCUGCCCGGUUCGAUCAGGAGGGCAUGAGUGUGGUUGCUUGCCUGUGCUAGCAAGAUUGGUUAUGGAACAGUGUGUGCGCAGAUUAGAUGUUGCAAUGUUUAAUGCCAUUUUGAGGGAAUCGGCAAAUGAGAUGCCGACUGACCCUAUCUUAGAUCCUAUUGUAGAUUCAAAGGUACUCCCAAUACCAGCUGGAAGUUUGAGCUUUGGUUCUGGUGCUCAGCUAAAAAAUGCGACUGGUAGCUGGGCUAGAUGGCUGGAAGAGUUGUUGGCUAUGAAUUUUGACAAUGCUGGAAAGAAAGAUGUUUAUAAGGAUGACGAUCGUAGGGGAGAUGAUACUGGCUUUAAAUGUUUUUGUCUUCUGAAUGAGUUGAGCGACCUCCUCAUGCUUCCUAAAGAUUUGCUCCUUGACAAGGCUAUCAGGACUGAGGUGUGCCCAUCUAUUGGGUUGACUAUAAUAACACGGAUUUUGUGCAAUUUUACACCGGAUGAGUUCUGUCCAGAGCCGGUGCCAAGCAUUAUACUGGAAGAGUUAAAUUCUGAGAGUCUCAUCGAGCGCAGGCUAUCAGAAAAGGAACAGAUCUAUAUUUUCCCACGCACUUCAUCUCAAGUUGCGUACUCUCCCAUAUCUCUUCCUGAUUCUAUUGACAAGUUGGUAGAUGCAGACAGCAAAUCACCAAAACUGCAGAGAAAUGCAUCAAUGGUGAUGAGAAAGGGCUACACCAGUGAUGAAGACUUGGACGAUCUUGAUGAUCCCCUCACCUCUUUCGUCGACCCAACUCCUCCGGUCUCCCCAGCAGUAGCAGGAAACAAAAUAUUGCAUAAGCAGACCUCUGCAUCAAACCUCAGGUACAAUCUACUGCGUGAGGUCUGGUGCGAUUGAGCUGCUUUUAUCCUCUCGUCUGUACUAUAUACCAUGAUAAGGGAAAAUUAUUAGGUUCGGAUAUUUGACAAA